AUGCAGUCACCAGAGAAAAAGACGCUUCCAAUUUCCUUCGAAGAACCAAGAAGAGACAAAUUUUCAUCGUCAGGAAUGUCUUUUAAAGGGGUGUUUGCUGCAGUCUCCUACAUGGCAUCCGCUGUACUAUUAGUAAUUUUCAAUAAAGCAGCACUUUCUUCAUAUAGUUUUCCAAAUGCAAAUGUCAUAACUUUGCUUCAGAUGCUUUCUUCUUGUUUUAUUUUGUAUGUGAUGAAAUAUUGUAAGAUCAUAUCCUUCUGUACGGAUAAGUCUAAGAGCAAGCACGACAGUUUGUUGACUCUUGUUUCUCCGAGACGCUUGGUUCAGACGAUCCCUCUUGCAUUCACGUAUCUACUUUAUAUGCUAGCUACGAUGGAAUCUGUACGCAAUAUCAAUGUACCAAUGUACACUACUCUUAGACGCACAACGAUACUUUUUACAAUGAUCAUGGAAUAUUUUCUUUCUGGUCAAAAGCAUUCAGUUGCAAUCAUCUCCAGUGUAGGGAUAAUUCUAUUAGGUGCUAUAAUCGCUGGAAUCCGAGACUUGUCAUUCGAUGCUUAUGGGUAUGGACUGGUGUUCACAGCAAAUAUAUGUACCGCUACUUAUCUUGCGUUGAUUGCACGUACCGGAAAAUCUAGUGGUCUUAACACCUUUGGGCUAAUGUGGAGUAAUGGAAUAAUUUGCAUUCCCUUUUUGCUGUUUUGGACAACUAUAAAGGGUGAACUUAGAGCCAUGUUAUCAUUUCCUCAUCUCUAUUCCCUUGACUUUCAGGUGGUGCUAUGUUUUUCAUGUUUGUUGGCUUUCUUGAUAAACUACUUUGUGUUCCUCAAUACAACAGUUAAUUCUGCACUAACUCAUACAAUAUGUGGUAAUAUGAAGGAUCUGUUUACAAUCUUACUAGGUUGGCUUAUAUUUGUUGGACUCCCCUUUGAUUGG